CCAUCUCUAUCCACUAGAGCACUGCACUCCAGUGCUUACAUUCAAUAACCAGUCUAUACCGACCCAAUAGACCUCUGCUCUUACCAUUGAACUAUGCUGCUUCUCAGACUCGGAGAACAACAAGCCAUUCAUCAACCCAGGAGAGAUAAUAUUGACACUUUAAUUGACUCAUUUGGAUGCUGUGCAGUGCGGGCCAGAAUGUGCAGGCUUUGUGGAGAUCAUUCUUUUCUAUAUGCAGGCAGGUGACUGUGAUGCUGGCUGGUGCAUUCUAGAAUUGUUUUCUUUUCACUUCACUCUUCUGGUACAGACCAUUUACUGUUCCAAUGGUUUUUUUAAAGUGUGUCUCUCUCUUGUCUCUAGUUAAGUGACAUUUAACACUAGUAAACCAAAUGUUUCCAUGGCAACUAUGAGUCAGAGCAGCAGUAAUGAUGGCCCUGCUCUCUCUCUUUGUCUUCAAUUGCAAUGCAAACACAAUCCUUUGAGUUGUGAGGAAAAGUGUCUUCGCAAGUCCUGCAGAUUUUUUUUAAUGCUUUUUUAUUCUUUUUUUUUUUUUUUUUAAAGCAUCUGUCUGGUCUGCUGGAUGCAGGAUGAUGUGUUGGUUUCCAUAGCACUAUAGCACUCAGCCUUCACAUACAGUUCUUCAAAACCUCACGGUCGCCCUUCUGCAGGAUUUCAACAGGAAUAAUCCAGAAGGGCUUGGCUGUCCCGGCUGGAAGUGAUUUCCAGCAUGGGCCCCUCUGAUCCAUCCAACAGCUCUGAGGAGACAGAGACCAGCAGCACAGUGUCUACGAGAUGGCACAACAGGGACCUGGCCAGCGGUGGUGCGGGCUUCCGCAUCACAGACAUCACCAAGCUCCUGGGCGUGCAGAUCACCCUCAUUGCAGCCUAUUCACUUAUCAUCCUGCUGGGGCUCGUCGGCAACUCCUUGGUGAUUUACAUGAUCCUCAAGUACCAGAACAUGCGAACAGUCACCAACUACUUCAUUGCCAACCUGGCCCUGGCAGACCUCAUGGUGAACAGCCUCUGCCUGCCCUUCACGCUGGUGUACACCCUGCUGGAUGAGUGGAAAUUCGGAGCCGUUAUGUGCCACCUGGUGCCCUACUCCCAGGCCCUGAGUGUGCAUGUCUCCACCCUGACGCUCACGGUCAUUGCCCUGGAGAGGCACCACUGCAUCGUUUUCCACCUGGGCCAACGCAUCUCUGUACGGACCAGCUUUGCCGUCAUCUCUCUUACCUGGCUGGUGGCAGCCAUCCUCGCUGGACCCUUGGCCAUCUUCCGAGAGUACAGGUAUGAGGAAAUCCCCUCCAUCAACCUGAGGAUCGCGGUGUGCUCCGAGAAGUGGCCUCACGGGAACAACCGCGACGGCACCAUCUACAGCCUCUCUAUGCUCCUCCUGCAGUACGUCUUACCUCUGGGCAUCAUCAGCUAUGCCUACGUGCGCAUCUGGAUCAAGCUGAAGAACCAUGUAAGCCCCUGUAGCCGCAGUGACAGCCACUACCGCCGGAGAAAGACUACCGAGAUGCUGGUGAUGAUGGUGGUGGUCUUCGCGGUGUGCUGGCUGCCCUUCCACGUGUUCCAGCUGGCCAGUGACCUGGACCUGAUCAUGAGGUUUGAGGAGUACAAGCUCCUCUACACAGUGUUUCAUGUGAUCGCCAUGUGCUCCACCUUUGCCAACCCGCUGCUCUAUGGCUGGAUGAACAAGAAUUACCGCAACGGCUUUCUCAUGUUCUUCCGCUGCGAGCACAAGCCCGAGGCCAUCCACCUGGAGUGCUCAAUGCGGACCAGACUCAACACCUUCCGGACCGUGACACUGAAUGACAGUCACAAGUGGGGCGCCAGCAAAGGCCAGCCUCCCACAGCUGUUUAGGCUUUGUAAAGCUGAGGGAUCAGUGGCUUAAAACCUGGUUCCAGGUAACCGGGAGACCUAGUUUGAGGCAACUUUGCUGUAUCAAAUCCCAAGUCUCCCUUGGUGUGCCAUUCAGUGGCCUGAAACCUUAGUCUUUCUGAUGACAAAGAAAACAAAAGUUCAUGCUAGAAGCAUCUCAUUAUCAUAAUCAUCUCAUUUUCAAAGGGUGCUGAUUUGAAGAGUGAUGCACAAUGCUGAUUUGGUUCUGAAUUGCAGUUUUAUUUGAUGUGCCACUUGUUUUUUUUCAUCCAUUGAUUUCCCUUCUACUCUUUCUACUUCCAUCAUCCUGGCCCUUGGCAUUCUAUUAUAUUUUUUCCCAUUUGUUUUUUUUAAUCAAAUGUCUAUUUCUGUCUUUCUUUCUUCUUCCUUGGUAGGGCCAUUAGCAGUGAUGAACUGAGACAGUGCUAGGCAAUGGGUACCAGACAAGUUCCAGCUGACUCCAACACUGCCUUCAAUUGUUUCUAGAAAUCUAUGCUGCCCACCUUUUAUUGAUUUAGAUAGCUGUAUGGAUUUGGUUAUUUGUCAUUCUGCUCGCCUCUGAUCCCUGCCUAGCUCUGAUCUUCUUCCAAGUAUUCCAGAUGUGUUAACCUCUCCUGGGGUGAUGUUCCUGAAGCAGGCAUGUGGGGCUGAGACGAGCCUAUGCCAUGGCCUUACCUGUUUCCACAGCCAGGCACCAGAUAAUCUCAUCUAGGACACAGUCUAUUCAUCCUUUGGCUGGUUCUUCUGAUGGGAUGGUUUCUCACUUUACUCAUCGACAAGCUGACUAACAGAAGAACCAGAGAAUAUUCUGAAAGGAAACAAAAAAAAUUAAAUGGACCAGAAAAAAACAAAAAGGACCACAGAUGUACAAGUUGUUUCAUGCUCAGACAAAUAACCCCAAAGUGUGAUAGCACUGUUCUCAGAUUAAUUUUCAUAGUGCUAAAAUAGGGGUUGUGGUUUAGUUACACUCUGCAGUCAGCAGUCAUGCAAAAGCUAUUAGCAUCUGUUAUACCUCCCCUGCUUGACAGCACAAUUAUCAUUAUACCACACAAAUUCCAAAUUGUAAACUAAAAACUAAAUGCAUUUGUUUGUGUAAGUAAA